AUGCCCAAGCGGCUCAGUAGUGUGUUACAGGACGAUGCUGUUCCUACCAAAUUUGACUUCACAGCGCCUGUGAAUAAUCAAUCAGCUUGCAACAGGAAGCGAGCCCAUGAUCCUUCUGAAGAGGAAGCUACUUCUGUGAAGAAAACAAAAGAAAACACAGAAACAUCAGAAGUGACUGCGGAGACGAGGGUGGUCUCUGGAGAGAAUAGUGCGACGCAUGAGUUGCAGAAAGAAGACCAAACCCUAGAGGAUGUAGCCAGCUUUAAAGCAAAAGAGACUCUAAAAGUGUAUUUCAAAGAAAUCCUGGCACUGACUGGAUUCAGCAUCAGCGGUGCAAACAACAAAUCUGAUGAGCCAAGAGGUCAACAGGCUCUUAAUCCUAUCUGUGAGGAGAAGAUUGACAAGAAAGAAAUCCUCCAGUUUAGUGAAGACCUCAUGCGGGAGGAGAUCCAGAACAGCCUCAGACAGGCUCGAUUUUUUUCCAUUCUGCUUCAGGAUGUGACAAGUAUAGAAGGAAAGGAUCAGAUUCCAAUUUUCGUCAGGUCUGUCACGGUAGAUGGCUUUCCACAGAAGCACCUCAUCGGUUUCUUACCAUGCGACAUGGACACAGAAAAUCUGUUUUAUAUGCUUCUGUCAGAGCUGAGGAACAAGUGGGGGCUGAGGAUGGAGCACUGCAGGGGAUUGACAUAUCUGGUUACAGGCAGCAUGUGUCAGAAGAUGCGAGACCUAACCUGCAGGAUUUUGCAGGAGUUUCCACAGGUAGUUCUGUCACCAAGUGACCCAUAUGCCUUCAACAUAUGGAUUAUCCGCUGCAUGCCUGUGCCCUCCAUCCAGAAAGUGGCAGACACUGUAGAGGAGGUGGCCGUGUUACUCAGAGGAGCACCAGAGUUGUACAAAAGAUUGGAGGGAAAUAUCCAGAUGACAUAUGGGCACAUAAAAGGGGAAGUAGACAGGAUAAAGGGAGCUCUUAGUGAGAACUGGGAAUAUGGAACUGAUGCCUUUCAGACCAUGUUAGAAAUCCUGGAGCCAUUCCUGAACUGCAUCAAUGAGAUGAUUUCAAAGGUAGAUGAGGAUACAGCUCAACAGAUGGCUAAGCUCAAGCCAAUUUUGAAGAAUUUCAAUUUCAUCAUGACCCUUGUUGUUCUGAAGAACACCCUCUGUUGUGUGAGCAUACUUAACUCAAGUCUCAGGGGAAUAAUUAGCAUCAGCAGUACCUUGCAGUACACAAUCUCCAAUGCCUUAAAGCUGGUAAGCAAAUACCAACAGGAGCUUGCAAUAUUGAACAGGAAAUGGUUUUCAGACGCAGUGGGUAGAGCAAAGAAGCUGGGAGUGGAGGUGACAAAACCAGAGAUGGACCAGGCAGCAGACACAGCUGAAACCCCUCUGGAGGACCUCUACAGAGAAACUCUGGGCCGACCUAUCCUUCAGUAUCUUGUCGCAGAGGUUAAAAGAGUGUUCAGCACAGAGAUGGUGAGGAUUCUCCGAUGGCUCUCGCUCGUGCCAUCUUACAUGGCUGACCACAAUUUCAGCAUUCGCAGAGAUAAAGUAGCGGAUGCUAACUUAAACAACCUUGCAAGGCCAGACACGUUCUACGAAGAGCUCGGUUGUUGGGAAGUGAAGUGGAGGCAUGCAAGUAAGCGCAGGAUCCUGCCAACCACAGUGUUUGCCACACUCAAGAUUCCAGAUAUCGGCUUUUAUCCCAAUGUGCAGAGCUUGUUGAGAGUAUUGGGCACCGUUCCGUGCGUGAAUGCAGAAGCAGACGUGUAUGGCCAAUACCACAUGGUGCUUGAGCGGUGCCACGCUUACUUGACAGCCACAUCAGAGGACCAAAGACAGUGUAGCAUGGCAUAUGUGUACGUUAACCAAGAUGUGCACUUCAAUGUUGAACAAAUGGUUGAGUCGUAUGUUCAGAAGCAUCCAGAUAUCUUACAGCUGCUGCAAAUGGAUGAUAACAGAAAGGUGAAGCCUCCUCAAGUUGCAUCCCAUGGGAACCAUGCUGAAAAGGAUACUGAAGAAGAAUUACAACGCAUAAACCUGGAGAUGGAUGCUGAAAGGCUUGUGGAGAUUAAAUGUGCAGAGACUGACAGAGAAUCUCUUAAAUCUGCUCUGCAGGCUGCAGUGGUGUCUGCAUACAGCAGUCAAAGCAGACAACAUACUGACACUUCUGCACAGGAUGGAGAAGUCGAGUAUGUGACCAAGUCUGAAAUGAAAGAAGUUCUCACAGUGUGCGAAAAAGCUGUCAGAGAGGGAAUACUUACAGAAGUUGGGAGUUCAUUCUUUUCUUUGUUCAUCGACCGUGUGGUGAAGUUUGGGGGAAGAGACUAUCUGCCCCUUUUCCUCAGGUUUGUGGACAGUUUCGAUGUCAUGCGAUUGGAGUUGAUGGGAUUCCUCGAGGCAGAUCUUGAUUGUGAAACCAUGGUACAGCGUCUCCAUGAAAUCAUCACAGUCGAGUGGGGUCUCGAUCUGAAUAACUGUAGGGGACAAGCAUAUCUAGGCUCCGGUGAUGUUUCCUACAAGCUGAAAGCGUUUGCCUGCAAAGUUCAGGAGAAGCAUCCUCUUGCCAUAAGCACACACUGCUCUGCCUACUCUUUUAACACAUGGUGGUCAAAAUCCAUCCCAGUGCCUGCUGUUAAGAGAGCCCUGGAUACAUUUGAAGAGGUUAUGAUGUUUUUUGGCAGCAGUGCUAUUCUACAAAAACAGCUAGACCAUGUUAUAGACUUUGGUCUGAGAGAGAGCUAUGAAAAGGUCCAAGAAUUACAGGGGACGUUCUGUGACCUUUGGCCAGAGAAGCAUGAUUCUUAUGAGGCAUUUGUGCAGAUGCUCGAGCCACUAGUUGAAUGUCUGGAGAAAAUCAAAAACAACCCACAAAGAUGGAAAGCGUUUGUGUCCGAACAGGCUGGAGCGCUGCUCCACACAGUGAUGGAGUUUGAUUUCAUCAUAGCGAUGGUGAUCCUCAAGAAUGCAUCCUCUUUUACAAAAGAGCUGAGUGCAGGUCUUCAAAAGGACCAUUUCAGUGCUGCAUCUCAACUUUGCCAAAUCAACGGCAUUGUGUCCACUCUGAAUCGAGUAAAAACCAACAUGAAAGUAUUCCACCAGAACUGGUUUGAUGAAGCAUGUGCAAUGGCACAGAGCCUGAGAGUGCAGAUUGAAGUGCCUGAAAAAUCGAUGCCAAAAGACGGCAUGAUCAAGCCAGUCGGUUUUUACAAAGAUGCAUUAAGUGUGCCCCUUGUAGACAACCUUAUCAAUGCUGUGAAGGAUCAUUUCUCAGAGGACCACAAAGAAGCUCUAAACUUCCUCUCCCUCGUUCCGUGCUCGGUCACAAAUAGUUACAUGUUCGAGAGCUUGAAGACAAAGCCUCCUCUCUACAGCAGGGAUCUCCCUGACGCGGACAACUUCUUCACUGAGUUGUGCUGCUGGAGAGUAACCUGGAAGACCAAAGUUGCUUCUGUGACCAUCCCAGCCUCCAUAUUCCAAACAUUGCGGCUGCCGCUCAUGCAGUACUUUGGGAACAUCAAUGCACUGCUGAGGAUAAUGUCGGUGCUACCCAGCACAGCACUGGAGGACUGUGGUGUCGUAAUGCGCCACAAGAAGUUUCAAGAGUACCUGAGAACCACAAAUCCCAAAGACAGGUCCCUGUGUUUGGCUAUGCUUCAGGUGGGCACUGACUUCAGCAGAGACCUAGACCACAUGGUGACCCAGUGUUUGAAUGUUACUCCACAAGCUUUGGAGGGAAUCUGUCUGGACAAGGAAUCGAAAAGUUUAAACAAGAAUUCUGAAAAUAAUAUGGAAGUUGAUUCUGUCAAAGUGGAAUAUGAGGAGCCUAACAUUCAACAAUCCAUAGACCAUCCUGAGAUCCAGGACAUGAAACCAGCAGAUGAGAACGGCCAUGCAGGAGACAAUCGUCGAAGCAUUGCGACAGUAUUCAGACAGGCUGCUCUACUGGGGAAAAAGAAUAUCCACCUCUCUGACCUAUCAGAAGAGAGCAGGGAGCUUUUCAGUCAAGAGCUCAGCAUGUGCCAGUGGUUUGGAAGUGACAGCAAAUGCACAUUUAUAAGUGACGAUGAGGUGUUGAAUCUGCUCAUAAAUGGAAUCAGAGAUGUCAUCCUCAAAGAAAUACAAGAAUCCCCAUUCUUUUCACUCAUCACUGACAAACCUGUCCGAAUUGCUGACAAGACACACCUGCCUGUUUUUGUCAGGUAUGUUGGAGAAUCUGCUCCCAAAGUGGAGCUCAUGGGUUUCUUACCAUUUGAUGAAAACCGUCACGUUGAUACCCAAGCAAAAAAACUUGCAAACAUUCUCACUGAUGACUGGGGCUUACCGAUGUCUCAAUGUCGUGGACAAGCAUUCAUGCACUUGGGCUCAGGUUAUCAAAGCCUGAAGAAAAUGUCUCUGGAUUUCCUCAAGAGCUAUCCGCUCUCUGUCGUGACACCCAGUGAAUCUUGCGGCCUUGCCCAUUGGCUGUCAGGAAGUGUGCCUUGCCCUUCAGUAGCAGAAAUGUUGGCCAUCACAGAAGACCUGCUGCUGUUCUUUGAGGAGUCUCCUCAUCUUGAGGGGCAGCUUGCACAGGCUGUCGAUGGCCUUUUGAAUAUGCCAAGAGAGGCACUGGAGGAAAUACCAGAAACGUGUUGCUCGAGGUGGAAAAAGAGAGAGGACUUCUUUGACAUACUCGCUGACACAUUCGAGGGCAUCCUCAGCUGCCUGGAUGCUGUCAGCUCUAGUACAACAGGUGUCAAGUCAAUGCAUGCGCAAGUUCUCUCUUCCGCUCUGAGAAAUAUUGAGUUCAUCGUCACCCUUGUCAUUUUAAAAAAUGCUUGUGCUCCUCUUCGUAACUGCAGCACUGUCUUCCGGUGUGGAAACCCUGCUGAUAUCCUGUGUGAAGUGGAAAAAAUCCCCUCAAUCAUCGAGACCCUAAACAAAAUGUUAAAAAAUGUGAGCACACUGCACUCCACUUGGUUUGAGCAGGCGUUCCAGCUAGCAACAAAGGUAGCUCCUGAACAGGUGUGCUUCUCGGAGGAAGCCAAUAGCUAUGAAUCUCCAGAGAUAUACUACAGAGAAAACCUGAGUGUUCCUCUUCUCAGAAGUCUCAUCAAUGAAAUGAAGUACAGCUUCUCAGACGGCCACUUAAAAGCCCUCUCGGUCCUGUCGUUGCUGCCCUCUUGUAAUCCACAGCCAGUUCUGUCGGAGUCCACAGACAAACCAUUCAGCAUCUACCUUACAGACGUUCCUGAGCCCGAAGCAGCAGAGCAGGAAAUCAAUGCCUGGGCUUCAGUUUGGAGUGAAAAGUACCAGGAUGUUGCUUUUCCGGCCUCCAUCGCUGAAACACUUAACCACCCUGAGUCAAAGAGUCACCCCACUGUUUCUUUACUGCUCAGACUAGUGGCUGUCCUGCCUAGUGUCAGUAUGGAGUGUGACCUGAUGAAGACCACUCUGAACUCCCUGAGGGAUCUCGUGAAAAACACUGUAUGCAAAGGCAGCAUAAUGGAUCAUGUGAUGCUCCUCUCUCACUGCACAACACUGCAGAGACUGCCCGAGGUGGUUGAAGAGUGUGCGGCUGUGGAUCCAGAGAGCAGUCCAUGCCUUUACCAGGUUAUGGGAACUUUGGAAACACUCAAGUUGGUUCGUGGAGGCGUUGAAGUAACACAAGAGGCAUCGACAGAAUUGCAGGCCUCCAGUCUAGCAGAGAAUCCAACAGAUGGAGACGUGAAACCGACUGUCGAUGUUGCUGCUCAAGGACCAAGAACGGCAAUGUCUUUCUAUGAGCCACAACUGCGUGAACAAAUGCUUAAGGAGCUCUGGGACUCUCAGUUCUUCACAGUCAUAACAGAACAAGCUGUUGAUAUUGAUGGUGAGCUCUACAUCCCAUUGUGCAUUAGGUACCUAAACAAAGAGGACACCCAGUGUGAGGAAACACUGGCUUUUAUACCUUUUGGUGGAGACCCGGUUGUCCUUACAGAUGCUAUUGAGACAGCCCUGUCUCAGAAGUGGGGGCUCAAUAUGGAGUUCUGUAGAGGGCAGGCGUUGUUAAGUUUUGGUGAGGUAGGGUCUCAGAUGAAAGCUGUAAGUUCUGCCAUGGCUCAGAAAUACCCCCAGGCUGUAAGAUCACUGAACUCCGCUUUGUCUCUUAACAUAUGGCUGGCUAGAUCCUCUCCUGCUCAAGACGCAGCAGAUGGAGCCAUUCUCAUAGGUGAAGUGUUACACUGGCUCACAGAGGAUGUAGAACGCCAGAACAAACUGGAAGACAUGAUCAUUCACGUGUUCCAGCACGACGAAGGUAGGGGCAACGAGCUGAGGGACAAACUGAUCAAAAACUGGGAGAAGAGCCACGACAUGCACGAGGUGAUGGUAGAGAUUUUAGAGGCUGUCAUGCUCUGUUUGAACGAGCUGAAAGUGGAGGGAAGCACUUCAAACCAGCAAAAAGCUUCACAGUUCUUUGAUGCGAUCAGAAACUUUGAGUUUAUCCUAUCAACCGUGGUGCAAAAGAAUGUCUCAAGUGUGACUAAACAGCUCAGUCAGUCUCUUCAGGGCAAACCCUUGGAUAUGUUAUACGCUGUGAAUCAUUUUCCUGAUCUCAAAGCAUCCCUCUGUAAACUUCAGAGCGAUAUAGACACCCAUCACAAGGCCUGGUUUGAGGAAGCCAUCGUGCUGGCUACCAAGCUUCAUGUGACAAUGUUGCAUUCAGUGCUCCUAGAGCCACUGAGUGAGUUUUACAAAGAGUCUGUUAGCAUGAAAGUUGUGGAGCACUCUAUAGCAGAAGUAGACGACCUCUUCACAGAGAAGGUAUUGGAUACCUUGAGGUGUCUGGAGAUUGUGCCUUAUGCAAUGUCAAAAGUAGAAACCAGCAUCCUUAGUGGUCUUGUGUUCCGCUUGUACAAAGAGGACUUGCCCGAUCAUGCUUCCCUUCACUCUGAGAUGAAGUCUUGGAAGGAGAAAUGGUUAGGUCCCCUGGCAGGUUAUCUCCCAACGACCGUGCUCGAUACGCUCAAGACGUCGCAGAUCAGAAGUUUUAGUAACAUUGAGACUCUCCUCAGACUCCUGGUCAUCUUGCCGUUUUCAAGGAGGGAGAGCAACUUCAGGCAGGGAAGAAGAAGCUUGCAGGAGUUUAUACAGCAGGAAAACAGAUCUCUCACUGAGCUACAUCCUCUGUAGGAGAGGUGCAGGUCUUCCGUCAUCCCUAGCAGGUUUGAGAAAUUUAUUUGAGUUGCCAUCACCUCCAUGUGUAAGAGCUAAUGUUUCUCAAUCUUUGUUGAGACCCUGAGCUCUCACUCAAUCUGUGUGUACAUUAUUGAUCUAAAUUCUUUGAGAUUUUCUUCUGUUAUCCCUAAAACCAAGCCCUAUGUUAUAUUUUGCUAUUUUGUUCUGUAGUUUGUACAGCUGUACUGCCCAAUGGGACCAAUGUCUUGGGAAAAAAAAGAAAUGCUCCACUGACGGUUCUCGAUGCUUGUGUGCCUUGAUGCAAAACUAAUAAUUCACCCCAUGUAUCAUGAUGACACAGAUGUUGAAAAGGUGUCCCAUUGGCGUUGACUGACUUCUGUUUUACGGUCAUGACUUUAUUAUAAUCAUGAAAUCGCACCCUUAACCUUUUCCUGGGCACAAAUAGAAAUUGUUAGUUCGAUCAUGUCUUCUGAUGAUUUCCCAUGUUUCCUGUCUCUUUGCAGGAAUGAAUUUGCUGUAAAAGUAUCUUUGAAAGAAUGUUUCCUUGAUAGGAAAAAAAAACCUUCAUAUAUAUUUGUCAAAAAAGUAAUAAAAAACUCCAACAAGA